GUAUACAGACAGACACACUUAUACACACAUAUCCACAUUUGGAAAUCAAUAAUACAGAGCCGUUUUCAAAUGUCCGACCGGCUCUCUUCAUCUUUAUAACUUCGCAGGCUUGGAUGCGCACACAUGUUUCGCCUUCCACCCAAGUUAAACAUCCAUGGCCUCGAUGUCGGCUUCCGAGAGCGACUUCCGUAAAAUGAGUGCUUUCCGUAAAUAUCAUUUACAAUAGUUGUCAGUUGUUGCUACACUUUGACGAGGUUACUGUUACCCAUGGCGGCCGCUAAGAAGGACCACGGUGACCAACGGGACAACAUGGAGCAGAAGCCAGACCAGGUUCCUUUCAGUAUGGCACAACGUAACAUCAGAAACUGUGUUUACCCUACCAAAGGUGUGCAUCAUCACAACCUUCCAUCGAAUGCUGCAACUAAUAUGCCAACCCGAAAAAGCUGUCUGCACUUUUGGCAAUCAUUCUACCAUAUUUCCACCCGGGUGCUUUGCAUUCUUCUGAUCGUUGCACAAACACUUUACAUGGAUUAUCUUGUAGUUCAAUACAAAGAAAACAAUAUCUGGUGGUGUUUAUUGGUUCCAGACUUCCUGGCAAUCUUUUUAUUUGCCACUUAUUUCAUUAGAAACUACCAUUACUUUAUAUUUACGAAAGAGGUGAGGACGAAACCAGUGCCUGGAAUGAAAAGCAAUAAAACUAAACUGAAAUUAUUUCCUUGGGGGCCAUUUGCCUGGUUUAUUUACAGUUCUGUAACAGCGUUAAAGAUAAUCCUUAUUUUUACAUCAGUUCCUCAGUUCAAAUCAAAAUGGCAAAAGAACACAUUAACAAGUAUGAGCACAAGUCAAGCAGCCGUUGGUUUUACAUCCCUCAUAUUCUUCUUCAUGAUUAUGUCAAACGUUCACAAAUCAACCAGCCGCAAGAUGAAGAAUUUCAUUCACGAAGUUGGGGCCACCGUACCAAUUGAUUUGCUUGAUACAAUGGACUUAAUGGAGUUACUUUACGAAGAGGAAAAAGCAAAUCACCUACACGUAAAUAUUAUCAGACUAGUACUAGGAAUCGUUGUUAUUAAUUUGACUUUACCCAUACUUCCAUGUGUCGUUAUUCACAGAGGUCGCACGCACACAAGUAAUAUGUUUCGACGCCUCGUUUUCACUCAGAAAGUUAUUCAGAUUGUAUUAAUCAACUUGCUUUUUAUCAGCGUACGCUUGGUGCUUUGGGGACUGUUUAAUGAGAAAUUUUCCAUCUUCAUUUUAAAGAAUAUACUAAUGAUUGGAAUAUUGCUAUCAGAUAUAUUCAGUGUAUACAAGGAAGUGCACGAAGAAGCGAAACAUGAAGACAAGGUCAAAAAAUACGAAGACGUUAUAAAAGAGAUGAUUCCAGGAGAUGUCAAAGAAGAAAUCGAAAUGGAUGAUUUAGUGGAAGCGGUGGCAGCUGUAAUAGAAAAGGACUUAGAUAUGGAUCAACCAAAGGAAAACUCCAAGAAGAAAUGGUUAUAUCGCUGUGAAUGUUUACAUCAUUAUUUCUCGCGAAUAUUCUGUCUCGUGCUUUUAAUUGGCCAAAAUCAUUACAUUGAUUACCUUCUUGUCUAUUACCAGAAAAUUUCGUUCUGGUGGAUUAUCUUCGUUCCAGAUUGGUUUGUGAUAAUCCUUUUCAUAGUCUAUUACGUCCAAACUUACAGUCAGUUUGUAACAAAUAUAGACAUAAGGAAACACUGGCCUGGUGACUCUGCAUCUAACGAAGAUAAAACCAGAAAAACUAAUCAUUUACCGUGGGGUCCCAUUGCAUGGUUCGUAUACGGAUCGGUCACUGCAGCGAAGGUUAUUGUAGCAUUUCACUCUAAAAGUUAUAUGAUGGAAUGGGAGAGAAAUACGAUACGAGGUCCAAGUGGCUUUCAACUGGCCGUCGGAUUAGCGGCUUUGAUCUAUUUUUUGAUGCUCAUCAGCAACAUUCACCAAACUGUUGACAGAAAGAUGAAAAACUUCAUACACGAAGUCGGAGCCACUGUACCUAUUGACAUCCUAGACACAAUGGAUCUAAUGGAAUUACUUUACGAAGUAGAGGACAGGCGUGUUAUUCACGAAGGCAUUAUUAAACUUAUACUAACCAUUGUGGUAGUUAACCUUAUUGUGCCUACAUUUCCCUGUGCUAUUGUUUAUCGGGGUCGCACGCACGGCAGUAGCAUGUUCAAACGGUUGGUGUUCGCACAAAAAAUAGUACAAAUAAUUAUGGUGAACUUGCUGUUUGUUUGCGUGCGAGCUGUUCUUUGCGCUUUGUACGGGAAGAAAUUUUCGGCUUUUAUCAUAAAAAAUAUUCUUGUCAUUGUAAUCUUGCUCUCAGAUAUUUUUAGCGUCUACAAAGAGUCCCGAGAGGAGAAGAAAGGGAAAAAAUAUGGUGAAAAUGGGAGAGAUAGUGGUUUAGCAGCUGUUAUAAAGCGAACUCAAGAAGUAAUUGGUGUUAAAAGAGAUUCGAUGGAAAAGAAUCUUUGUAAACCGAAACAAAAAACAUCAAGUGUUUGAAUAAAAUAGUAAAACAUA